AUGGUCGAGGAACCGGAGCAGCCGUUUCCGCCGCCUCCUCCGCCACCCCCGCCGCCCCCCGAGGAGGGCGACGGCCCGGAGGAACCCUCGGAGGAGCCGCCGCCCUACGAGGAAACGGCCACGGAAACGACGUCGGCGGCAGACGACCUCCCGGCGACGGAGGAGCUGGACGACCCUGCGGACGACCUGCCCACGGACUCUGCCCCUUUCCCGACCAGCAGCAGCACGGGCAGCGAGGACGACACGUACACGGGGCCCAGCACGGCCGAGAACUCGCAGAGUCACCCGGCGCCCCAGGUAGAGGAGCCUUGCGAGGGGAGCAAGAGCACGCUGCCCCCACAGAGAGAGGAGCCUCCCCCCGCGCCUGCCCCUGCUCCUGACAACAUCCCCGAUGAGCUGGAUCCACAACAGCUGGCACAGCUGCAUGGCCUCAAAGAGUCGAACGCUUGA